AUGAUGCAUAACUCAAGCGACGAUUCCGAAUGGGAAGUGAGACCUGGUGGUAUGCUCGUCCAACGAAGAGACGACGCUGCUUCCACCGACCAACCCCUCCAGGAUCCCGACUCUGCUUCCGCCGUUUUCGCUCAGUCCAUUAGGAUUACUGUUUCCCAUGGCUCGUCGCACCACGAUCUUCACGUUUCUGCGCACUCCACUUUCGGGGAUGUGAAGAAAACCCUUGUCCAGAAAACUGGAUUGGAAGGUAAUGAACUGAAGAUUUUGUUCAGGGGAGUUGAGAAAGAUGAUGCUGAGCAAUUGCAAGCUGCUGGUGUUAAAGAUGGAUCAAAGGUUGUCCUCGUUGAGGAACUUACUAAGAGAGUUGAACAAGCUGAACAAAAGCCUCCAGUGAUGACCGAAGAGAUGGCAAAGGCUGUUGUUGCAAUUAGUGCAGUCACGGGAGAAGUCGAUAAGCUCUCUGAUAGGGCUGUUGCUUUAGAAGUUGCUGUGAAUGGAGGGACGAAAGUUGCGGUGAAGGAGUUUGAUAUGACUGCAGAGCUUCUCAUGAGGCAGUUGCUCAAAUUGGAUGGCAUCGAGGCAGAAGGGGAAGCUAGAGUACAGCGUAAGGCAGAGGUACGUAGGAUCCAAAAGUUGCAGGAGAUUGUGGAUAAUUUGAAAGCAAGAUGCUCAAAUCCGUUUGUGGAUCAGAGCAAAGCCGCAGCGGUAAGCACCGAGUGGGAAUCGUUUGGAAAUGGUGUUGGAAGCUUGAACCCUCCUCCGCCUGCUUCACCUUCUGCCAAUGUAACUCAAGAUUGGGAGAAAUUUGAUUGA